AUGGCUGACAUUGACGAGGCUAUCAAAUAUGUCAAGAAAGCGAUCGGUGCCAAUCCAACAAACGUCGAACAUUUAAAACAGCUGGGAAACCUUCUCAACGACAGAUAUGUCAACACUGGCAUGCUUGUGGAUCUGGAAGCAUCCAUUCUUGCGACGAAGCGAGCUAUCGAUGCGAUAACAAACGACGACGUCGAACUGGCAGACUGCUUAAACACCCUCAGUUACCGGCUCCAAGAUAGAUUCAUGGUGACAGAGAACAACGCAGACCUUGAAGAGGCGAUACAAAUCUCACGAAAGGCGAUCGAGUCAACGAGUUCAGGGAACGCCAAAUACCUGAGCAAUCUCGCCGCAUCGCUGAAGACCAGGUUCUCUGCCACUGGGGACCUAAAGGACAUGGAAGAUGGUAUUGUCCUGGCAAAACAGGCCGUUUCUGUAACGGCAAGCGAUGACCCGGAAUUACCUAAGUGGCUAAAUAAUCUUGGAAAUCACCUCAGCAACAGACACUUAGUUACAGGUUCCUUGAGAGACCUCGAAGAAGCAAUCAACGUGAGCAGACGUGCAACUGCCACAACGUCUGACACAAAUAUGCGAGCUCUCUUUUUGAACAACCUAUCGGCAAAAUUAGAUCUCAAGGCCGAGGUCACUGGUAACUCUCACACAUACGAAGAAGCGAUCGAACUGGCAAAGGAGGCCAUUGCUCUGACGCCGAAAAGCCAUCCAGAUCAGGCGAAGUGGUUAGGUAAUCUCGCAACCCAUCUAAUGGAAAGAUUCGACAGGUCGUGGGACUUAAAAGACUUGCAAGAUGCCAUCAAUGCUGCAAGUAAAGCUGCUGAUCUGACACCGAAUGGACCUACGAAAGCCCUGUAUCUCGACGCGGUCGCAGAUGGCUUGAAUCGAAAGUAUGAUAAGAUGGGUCUAUUGGCAGAUCUCGAAGAAGCCAUUCGAAUGACUGAGAUGGCUCUUGAAAUGCUUCCAAGUCAUCAUUCAAAAAGGCCACAAAUCAUUUCUACCCUUGCGGAUCUUUUCAGCAACAGGUACUUGAGAAAGGAGGUGAUACAAGACCUCGAUAGAGCCAUAGAGCUAUCCAGAGAGGCUGCUGAUGCAAAAUCUGAUAAUCACCCCUACAAAGCGAUAUAUCUCGACAGACUCGCAAUGCAACUGAAUCUCAGAUCCUCAAUAUCUCGCACGGAUCCUCAUCUUUGGAAAGAUUUGGAAGAGUCGAUACAACUGGAGAGAAGAGCGAUUGCCAUCACAGCGAACAACCGCCCGACUUGGUCUUUCAAGAAUAAUCUACAGGCUAUGCUUGUUAUAAAGUACGGCAUGACAAAAGACCAAGCAAUACUCGAUGAGUGUACUCGACUACAAAAAGAAGCGCUUGACGAAGUCCCAGAAGGUCAUCAGUACCGCGCAGAAAUGCUCACCAGCCUGGGCUAUCAUCUUAGAGAUAGCGCAAAGGAAAGCUCAAGUCUUGAAAAAGCCUCUAAGUGUUUUCUCGAGGCGCUGCAAAACACAAAUGCUCCUGCAAUAAGCCGCGUAAGAGCUGGCUCCGCACUACUGCAGUGCUGUCCUGAUAAACAAGAAGCCUACCAGGCGGCGCAAGUCAUCAUGGGCCUUCUGCCUCAACUGAUAACGAGAUCACAUGAGACCUCGGAUAAACAACAUGCUGCGGGCUCGAGAGCUGGUAUGACGUGUAGUGCAGCUGCCGCAGUUUUGCAAGCAGACAGGCCGGUCUUAGAGGCGUUGCAGGUACUUGAGCUUGGGCGCGGUGUGCUCGCAAAGUAUAGUGAGGAGAUGUUGCUGGGUCCUUUGCAGUUGGGUCAGCUUUCACCUGAACAAGCGGAGGCUUACGUUCACCUUCGCGACGAAUUGAAGUUUUCGAAUACUCCAAGCCAAGGAAAGUCUUUCCUGGGUCAUGUUGCUCAGCUCAACAAGCGUUACGACAUGGCAACAGAGCUAGAGGAAUUGAUCGUUGAGAUCCGAAAGCUACCUGGGUUCGAAGACCUCUGGACCGCCCCGACAGAGGCAGAAACACUUGAGGCUGCUGAGCGCGGUCCAAUCGUCGUCAUCAAUGUCAGUCGUGCUCGAUGCGAUGCGCUCCUCAUCGAGAAACAUCAAAUGCGAUCUUUGGCCCUUCCCAAUAUUACAAAUGACCUCUAUCAAUUUGCUCGUACCGGCGACUUUGGUAGCUCAAAGGUUCUAGAAUGGAUGUGGGAUAAUAUCACCCAGCCAGUAUUGGAUGCUCUUGGUUAUUCUCAAGCUCCUGAAGAGGAUGCAUGGCCUCAUGUUUGGUGGAUACCUACGGCCUUGUUGACUCUUUUCCCGCUACACGCUGCAGGAUAUCACCGCAACGAGUCUUAUGAAACUGCCCUUGAUAGAGUAGUCUCUUCUUACGCCUCUUCUAUCAGGGCCAUCAUACGUGGUCGCCAGAAAGACCUUUCAUCAUCGUUCUCUACCACAGCUGUACCGAGAGCGUUGCUUGUAGGCAUGCAACAAACUCCAGAAAGUGGAACUUUGCCCUUUGCAAACAAGGAAAUAGACAUUGUACAGAAGCUAUGUCAAUCAGCCGGCCUAGAGACCGUUCGGUCGAGACCACGAAAAGAAGAGGUAUCCGAGCAUCUAUUAGACUGCAAAAUAUUCCACUUUGCAGGCCAUGGCUACACCGAUGAAAACGACCCUUCCAACAGCCAUCUACGCUUAGAAGACUGGAAAGACGACCCGUUUUGCGUUGCUGACCUACAGCGAAUGAAUCUUCGCGAGCACGCGCCGUUUCUCGCAUAUCUCUCUGCCUGUGGUACCGGACAGAUGAAACGGUAUAACCUGGUCGACGAGAGUAUCCAUUUGAUCAGCGCAUACCAACUAGCUGGCUUUCGUCACGUCAUCGCUAAAACUACGUAUGAGAGCAUGAGGGGCUCAGGCCUGAGUGAUGAAGGUGUGAGUUGGGGGUUGCAUCGGGCUUCUAGGGAGUUGCGUGAUAACUGGGUCAAGGAGCAGAAACAGGGGAGAAGCUCGUUGACAAGGGGAGGCACAUUCAUGAGGAAUCGCAACGGUAAUGUUGUGACGGAGGAGAAAUAUUUCAAGGAUGAGGAUGGGAGGGAUAUCCCUCUUGUCUGA